AUGCCAGCCCGCAAGCGCGCGGCGGAGGAACCCGCAACAGCCCGUUCCGGGACGUCCUCACGGCGCCGGUCCGGCCGAAUCUCUGACGCGCCCAAGAAGAGCUCAUACUGGGAGGGCUCGGACGAUGAUGAGAGUGGCGCUUUCGAGAAGCCGAUGAAGAAGAGGAAGUCUGGCGCUUCCAAUGGCCUUCGUGCGAGUGCCGCCGCACGGAAGCAGGAGAGCGACGGGGACGAGUAUACGGCGGAGGCGCAGACUGCAGAGGAGGAGGAUGAAGGCGACGACGAGGGCUUUGGGGAGCAAGAGAAUGAGAACAGGCCGAUGAAGGUGACGGUCGUGCCGCUGGAGAAGCUGCGCGACGACGGCGGCGUGCCGUACGAGGACCACAAAGUGCACAAGAACACGCUGCUCUUUCUCAAGGAACUCAAAGCCAACAAUCGACGACCGUGGCUCAAAGCUCACGACGGCGAGUACCGACGCGCGCUCCGCGACUGGCAGACCUUCGUCGAGGCCUCCUCGCUCACCGUCUCCGACGCCGACGCCACCGUUCCAGCCGAGCUGCCCGCCAAGGACGUCGCCUUCCGCAUCUACCGCGACACGCGCUUCAGCCGGGACCCGACGCCGUACAAGCCGCACUUUGCGGCCGCGUGGUCGCGCACCGGCCGCAAGGGCCCCUACGCGUGCUACUACGUCCACUGCGAGCCUGGUAGUAGUAGUGGUAGUGGUAGUGGUGGUGGUGGUGCGGGCAGAGGUGCACGCGGCCGCUCGUUUAUUGGCGGAGGGCUGUGGCAUCCGGAGGCCGGCCACGUGCGGAAGCUGCGCCGCAGCGUGGAUCGCCACCCAGAGCGCUGGAGGGCGGUGCUGGGGGAGGAGCGCCUCAGGAGGGUCUUCUUCCCGCAGGUCAAGGCCUCGACGAAGGGCGGCGGCGGUGGUGUGGAGGAGGCGGCGGUCAAGGCGUUUGUGGGCAAGAAUCAGGAGAAUGCGCUGAAGAAGAGGCCAAUGGGAUACGAGGCCACGCAUCCCGAUAUCGAGCUGCUCAAGCUCAAAAACUACACCAUUGGCGUUCCGAUUGACGAUGAUAUGCUGUGCGGGGACGACGCGCAGGAGAAAUUUGCUGAGUAUAUCGGCGCAAUGGAGGGAUAUAUUACGUUUCUGAAUAGCAUUGUCAUGCCGGAUCCUGGACUCGACCAAAGCGAUAGCGAAGACGAUUCCAACGAGGAUGACGAUCAAGAUAAUGACUAA